GGUUUGAGAGUGCGCCAGUGCGCUGCUGUGCGCAGGCGCAUAUUCUUUUACUAGUGUCCGCCAUAUUGUGUCAGUGAGGGGUAGAAUGUGUCAAAAGUCAGUCCCAUAAAGUUCCCGUGUUCAAAUUCGCGAUCAAGCUACAGACGCUGUCAUGUUCUUGAGGUGAUAAAAUGGCCUGCCUAAACAGUCUCAAGCAAGAUAUCCGGGCAUUGGAAGCAUCGUUCCCGAAGAACCACGAACGAUUCCAAGUGGUAGCUGCGUCAGUGGAUGAACUCACUUGCAGAUUUAUCGGCCGCAAUGGGAAGAAAAUUGAAAUACACGCCAACAUCACAGAGACGUACCCCUCAACACCACCAGUCUGGUUCUCCGAUACCGAGGACCCAAGCAUUACGAACAUUGUUGAGCUUCUUACAAACACCGCAGGCCGAGACAACCACCUUCUUCAACAGGUGAAGAUCUUAGUCACUGAACUGUGCAAAGUCCACAGCUUGCCUGAACCAGCUGAGUUGGAGACGAUAGAUUACUUCCAGCAAUCGGACGUUGGCAACUUACCCGACCUGCUACAGGCACCUCAACAGCACUCGGAGGAGGAAGAUGAGACAGAUGUUGAUGACGACAUGCAAAUGGAAAUAGACGAUGACACGGGGUCGUCGGAGAAAAGCAAGGAGGAUGACCUGAGUAUGGAGAACCAUGCAACACUAGAGCGGCUGCGACAGAACCAACGGCAGGACUACCUGCGCGGUUCAGUCUCAGGCUCGGUGCAGGCCACCGACAGGCUCAUGAAGGAGCUCCGAGAGGUGUACCGGUCGGAAAGCUACCGGCGAGGCGUCUUCUGUGUGGAGCUGGUGAAUGACAGCCUGUAUGAGUGGAAUGUGAUGCUUCGCAUUGUGGACUCUGAUUCGCCACUGCACAGUGACUUGACCUUAUUGAAGGAGAAGGAGGGCAAGGACCACAUCUUGCUCAACAUUCUUUUCAAAGAGAACUACCCCUUUGAGCCACCCUUCAUCCGUGUUGUCAACCCCAUGAUCUCGGGUGGAUACGUGCUAGGCGGUGGUGCCAUCUGUAUGGAGCUACUGACGCGGCAAGGCUGGAGCAGUGCCUAUACAGUCGAGGCAAUCAUCCUUCAGAUAGCUGCCACACUGGUCAAGGGCAAAGCCCGCAUCCAGUUCAGUGGCAACAAGGCACAGUACAGCCUGUCACGGGCCCAGGCAUCCUUUAAGUCACUGGUUCAGAUCCACGAGAAAAAUGGCUGGUUCACUCCUCCGAAGGAAGACGGAUGAGUGCAUUGGAGCUGCCGGAUGUACAUAAAGAAGUAAUGGCGUCUCCGUGGUCGCUGUUCCUUUCUUUUCCCCCCCUUGUCAGUCUCAUUAUUUGGAUGUGUAAAGAGGGUGAACAGAAGAGCCUGUCCACAACUGCUGGGUCGUUAAGAUAGUGCCCGCUUCGUACAGUCGUGACAGAAGCACACAUUGCGACCAAGACUGCCGCAAGCCCUCCUUUUGUUUUAAAUUGUUUUGUGUAGAGUUGAUGAAAGUUCCUGUUUGUUGCACACAUACAUACACGAGAGAGACACACACACACAGUUGCAUCACUCCCCUUCCUGUGCCCAUCCCAGGGACUGCUUUGUCACACGCCCCACACCACACAAUGGACUUCUUCCCCUGCCGAAUGUAAUGUUCUUUAUUCAUUGGUUUUCCUCUGCAGUUUUUUUUUUUUAGUGUGAUAAUAAAAUGAAAAAGAGAAGGGAGAACCAAA